UGAUUUUACACUUUUUCGUAAUUUUAAUUUAAACAGUGUUUUUGAUGUGUAUCAAGUGUUUAAUUUUUUUCAUUGUGAAUUAUGACUAUAAUACAGCAUAAGGUGUUCUGGAAAUUAAUAGUUUUGUCAGUUACGUUACGCAACUGUGCAACCGCAAAAUCGGAGCUUUCAACGCCUAACGGGGAAGAAAACAAACUAGGUGAUGUGGUAUCCAUGGUGAAUCGCUGGAACUAUAACUUGGAACCCCAUACAGUGACUACAGCUGACGGCUACGUUUUGACAGUAUUCCGCAUUCCAAAAAAGGAUUCGUCCAAAUCCCCUGUUUACUUACAGCACGGCCAUCUUUCUUGUGGUGCUGCCUUCCUGGCUAACAAAAAAAGCUUAGUGUAUCACCUGUUCAACAAUGGUUACGAUGUUUGGGUGGGAAACGCGAGAGGAACUCAGUUCUCCCAAAAACAUGAGCAUUUUGAUACAAACAGUGCUGAAUAUUGGAAUUUCAGUUUUCAUGAAAUGGGCAAGUUUGACCUCCCGGCAGUUAUACAGUACAUCACUGACACCACUGGCAAAUCCAAAGUCCACUACAUCGGCCACUCUAUGGGAACCACGAUGUUUCUGGUUAUGGGAUCCUUGCUCCCCGAAAACCUGGUACUCGUUGACACCGUAACUUUCCUGGCUCCCGUCGCGGUACCCAAGCACUUGACGGCGGCCUCAUCGACGCUCAAAUGGAACAUUGCUAACUUCAUUGCGAAAACUUUACCGAUGAUUGGUGUUCCCAAACAUGGAGAACAGCCUUGGAUCGCAAAGUUCCAGCAUAACGUUUGCGACUCAGACACAUUCUACGGUGCACUAUGCAGGUUUUUAAGUGGAACACCAAAGUAUGAGGAGAUAGUUGAAAAACGUGAGAGAAGAGUAAUCGAUGAAAACUCUAGUAGUGAAUCUGGUGAAAUAGAAGUAGUACAUACAGUUGUACCAGCCAGCAUGUUUGAUCGAACCUCUGCGGAAAAUGUGAUUGAGUACUCUUACCAAGGCACAUCGUGGAAGACUUAUCGCCAUUUUCUACAGAUUAUUAAAGCAGGAAGGUUCCAAGAGUUUGACUAUGGACAAGAUAAUCCAAAUGUGUAUGAUGGAAAAACAAAACCGUAUGAGUACAAAAUACGGAAUAUAAAUAAACGAAUAUAUCUGCUUUCUGGAAAAUUGGAUACCAUAGCUCGGCCAGAGGACGUGGAUUGGCUAGCCGUUCGUCUAAAUGAUCCCUGGUUGAUUAAAGAAGGGUUUGAAGAUUUCGACCACACUGCCUUCAACCAAGGGCGAGGUAUCGAUAUGGUGCAUGAAACUGUUGACGAAAUCAUAGAAGCCUCUGAACAGGACAGGGAUCCAGAUUUGCCAAAGGAUUUUGCAGUACAGGAUUUGACUAUCGAUUAUGAGUCAAAUGAAGAAGAAGAAGAACCGUCCCAAACACCAGACAAAUUUAGUUUUUUCAACAUUUUCAAUUCAAUAUCUAUUCCUUACAAGAAUAAAUUCGUCAAAUAAUUUAUGA